CCUUAAGAGUGAAUUCAUAAAUCAACAUGGUAUCAGAGCUCAAAGAUCCGUGUCUCUCCCCUUUGCUGCGUUAAUCACCAAAGAAAAAAAAAUUUCGGCACUGCCGAUUUCUUCUCCUCUGUUCAAGCCGUGCACAGCUAUGGCUCCUGUAUCCUCUGAUCCGAUGGAUCGUCUUCCUACGGGACUCAAGUUGUUUGUCCGGAAUCUUCAAUCCCUAACUCCGGUCAAGCUUGAUGACACCAAUUAUCCCUCUUGGUCGGCCACCGUCCGUGCAAAUCUCCUCGCUCAUCGUCUUCUCGGUUAUGUGGAUGGAUCUGAACCAUCACCUCCGCCUCUUAUUCUCGAUGAGAAAGCUGCGGCACCGGGGAAGGAUGAACCCCAGGUUAUGAAGCCCAAUUCUGCCUAUGAAUCAUGGCAUAUUGUUGACGCUCAGAUUCGGGCCUGUCUCCUCGCUAUUGUUUCCCCUACGGUUCAAACCCAUAUUCACGCUCUUCCCACCGCGGCUGCAAUAUGGAAUCAUCUAGAGCAACGGUACAAUUCACUUUCACGCACUCAUAUUUUUCAGUUGAAGGAGCGUUUACAUGGUGUUAGUAAGGGGACCGAUUCCAUGCAAACAUAUUUGGACACUGUUCUCACCAUUGUGUCGUCUCUCAAGUUGGCUCAUGAGGACAUCUCCGAACAAGAUAUUAUUCUGUGUGUUCUUCGAGGUCUACUGGCUGACUUUGCCUCCCUCAAGCAAAAUAUUCGCACCAACAUCGCCACAGUCACCUUUAAUCAGGUCUCCUCUUGGUUGCUUUCUGAGGAAUUGAACUUAUCCUUUGAGAAAAAAUUAUCUCUGGGUGACUCUGGUUCUACCUCGUCUGUCGACAUUCAUAAUGCUCUUUUCACACAUUCCGGACGAGGCGUUGGACGAGGGCGUGGCCGUGGGCCACCACGAGGCCGAGGAGGGCUGUACCGUGGUGGUAACCCAGCUGGCAGGGGUGGCCGGCAACAGCCAUACCGUGACGAUGCGCGUGGCAGAGGUGGCGGACGAGGGGCAUCCGUCACUUGUCAAUUAUGUGGGAAGCCCGGUCAUGCGGUUUGGAAUUGUUGGCACCGCUACGAUGAAUCCUACACUGGUCCUCCGCAGGCGUUUUAUGCAAAUCAAUCCACUGAAUCUAGUUCGAACUGGCAUCUGGACACUGGAGCAAACACCCAUGUCACACCUGAUUUGUCUCGGCUACAUACUCUAACUCCGUACCAUGGCCCCAAUUCCAUCACAACUGCAGGAGAUCUGUGUCAUGGUAGCUCAAGAAGCAGUGUUGGGUCGAGCAUGAUGGAGGGGAUGCCAACGGUGGUGGGGCUGGCGGCGAAUCCCGGCGAUAAAAGUACUGAUGGUGGUGGCAAGGGUUGGGCUAGCUGUGAUAUGUGGGGCUAGGGAAGAUGGUUAGCUAGGCCAUUGAUCUAUAAAAUGAAUGUCGAUUACAUUUACCCAACUAAAUUUAAAACCACACCUCAAAUCUUGAAGAUAGAUUUAAAACCACACCUCAAAUCUUGAAACUCCAACAUUAGGCAAGACACACUUCUUCCAUUAAUAUUCUUCUCUGCCACCUCUCACUAACUGUAACAAUUUUCCACCACAUCUGCAAAUUGUAAAACACAUCAAAACAAAGUCACGAUGGUGAAACGGUGAAUUUGUAUCCCGAGGUAUUAUUCUAAAACUAAUCUAACAAUUGAAUUUGCAUAACAAAAACACAUAUUACUUAAUCAAAAAAACAAAAAACCAAAUCCUAAACUCCAAAUUAGAGAGUUCCGAUCUACCUCUUCAUAAUGGGAGGAAAUCAGAUUAAUAACAAUUACCAAUUGAAACCGUGGAGUAAAUUGAAUGAAGGAAAGAAUACUUGAUAUUUUAAAAAGAAUCAGUGAUAUGCUCGAAAUCAGGUUCUAAUUGCGAGCAAUUGGCUAUAAGCGAAUGGAAGGAGACUUUAGAUCGUCCGGAGAAGGAAGUUCCGUUUUUUAUGCCAAUUUGGGUCGACAAUGAAGGAGAUUGCAAAGG